GCGCUCGGGCCCGCGCCGCCAUUUUGUGCGAUCGCCCGCAGCAGGAUGGAGCCGAGCAGCCGAGCGGAGCCGCGCGCAGCCCCCGCCCCUGCCCGGAGCGCCGCUCCGCACGCACCGCCGCAGCGCUGAGCGGCACCCGCUGCCCGCGCAUGGAGCAGAGCGGCCGGGAACGCGCCGGCCUGGGGUGGGCCCGGCUGGGCUUCGCCGCGGCCUGGCCCAAGCUGGCCGGGCCCAGCGCGGCCCCCGCCGGAGCCUCGCCCCAGGCGAGCCCGCCCUUCUCCUGGCUGCGGCUCAUGUCGCAGCUCCUGUCCCCGCUGCCCGCUUUGCUGCAGCGGCUGCUGCCCGGCCCCGCGCUGAGCAGCGCGCUCUGCCCCGCCGCCGGGCAGCCGCCCGCCAAGGGUCCCCCCCCGCCGCCGCUGCUACUGCUGUCCGAGCCGGCCUCGCCGGACUGGGCCGAGGAGACGCUGCCGUGGCCGGAGGAGCCCCCGGAGAAGGAGCGGGAGGGCGGCGCGGAGGCCCCGCCGGGGCUGUGGGGGAGCGGGCUGGUGCGGAGCCGCCUGCUGUCCCUCUCCGUGCCGCGAGUGGACUUGUACGUGCUGGGCCCGGAGCAGGGCCCGGGCGGCGGCCCUAGAGAGAACCAUCUGCCGCAGCCGCUGCGGGCCGAGGGCCCCGCCGAGGCCGGGCUCCGCCGGGGCGCGCUGCCCGAGGCCGAGUUCCUCCGCAGCAAGCGCUUGGCCUUUCUCCAGCGGUGGCGCUUGGCGAGCGGUGGCCUGGCCGUGCCGGAGCCGGACCACGGCUACCACAGCCUGGAGGAGGAGCAGCAGCAGCACAAGGGCGGUUGGCGAGAGGAGGUAGGGGCACUGCGGGAGCAGCGCUGCGAUGCUGGGGCCUUGAAGCGGCCCCAGGAGCCGAGCGACGCGGGGAGACGACCCGGAGGUGGUGGUGGUCCCGUGGAGCAGGAGGGGGAACGGGGCGCAGCCGAGAAGGGGACACUUGAGGGGGAAGCGUUGGCUGAAGAGGAGGGCGAGGACUCGGAAAUAGAGCGAAACCUUCCAGUGUCGGUCAGACCCGCCUGUGCUAAUAAGUUAAUAGACUAUAUCCUAGGGGGAGUUUCCAGUGGGGAGGAGAGUGCGGAUGAUGAGGAAGACGGGGAUGAUGAUGACGAUGGGUUCGAUAGUGAAGAGGAGCUCCCCUCGGACUCAGACGCCGGUAGCCAGGACGGGGAGAGGCUUCACCUCUGGAAUUCCUUCUACAGUUUGGACCCUUACAACCCUCAGAACUUCACAGCCACCAUUCAGACAUCGUCCUGCGAUCUGGCAAGGGACAUGUCGGAUGCGGAGGAGGAGGAAGAUGAUGAUUCUUCGUGGGUAGAGGAGUCCUCGGGCUCUCCUCAGCCUAGUUCUGAGGAGGAGGAGUGGGACUGUAGCAGUGUGGAUGAGGCAGAAAACUUGAAACUUUGGAACUCGUUCUGUACCUCAGAUGAUCCAUAUAAUCCUUUAAACUUCAAGGCAGCCUUUCAGACAGCAGAGAAAAAAGGGACGCCUGGCUCAAAAGGAGCAGAGAGGCCGAGUUUGGUCCCUGCUGAGUUCAGUCCCUUAACUAAGUGUCGGGGGCAGCUGGAGGAGCGUGACUGUGGGGUCAGGGUGCUGCACGGCAUUCUUGCUGCUGAGAAAUGUCCAAGUUCCAAGCGGAAAAAGGUGACCUUCCUGGAGAAAGUUACUGAGUAUUACAUAAGCAGCGAGGAGGAUCGUAAAGGACCCUGGGAAGAGAUGGCACGGGAUGGAUGCAGGUUCCAGAAGCGGAUCCAGGAAACAGAAGAAGCGAUAGGGUACUGCUUCACAGCAGAGCACCGGCAGAGAGUGCUCCGGAGACUCCAAGAAACCUGCUUCGAGGGGGUCGAUCUCUUCUAGCGCCUUGGCAGACCUGGCAGCGUGUGUGACCCUCAGCACUCAUGGCUCUUCAAAACGAGCAGUGGCAGCUGCAUGUGCUCUGCUGAAGUGGGGAGAGAAGUGGGAUUUUAGCACUUUGAUCCCAGUUGGAAUAUACCUGUGUCCCAUUUUGAUACCCAGACAAAAUCUUUUGAGUAUCAUCAAGGGUAAGGGUGGUAUAAUUGCAUUCCUUUUAAGUAACACUUGAGAGACAGACUCCUUUGGGUUCAGUCCAUUCCAAAAAUGCCUUGUCUGCCGUCUGUUGGGAAGUGGUGACUAUUAAGUUGGAUUUUUUGCACUUUGAAAAAGCAAAACCUAUUUUGAAGGAAAUAUUUAUGGGGCUCAGAACCUAAUUCUUGCAGUUUUGAUUUAAAGUUUCCAGAGGUAUGUGCUCUUCUUGUGGGUCUCCAUUGCCUCGGACUUGUGCAAAAGCCUCAGAGUUUGUUAGCUGAUGAUGUUUACUGUGCAAAAGGCCUUUGAAGAUCCCAGUUUUGCAUGUAAUGUACUGCUUGAGUGUUAAUGUGGUGCUUUGGUGUCUCGAUAUUUCAGUCUAGCACACUGGGGGAUUCAGGGGAGCUCUGGUGCACUACGAGCCCUUUGGUUUAUCCUUAUUUAAAUACAUACCUUUACCCCGUACUGUUCCAAAGGGUGCUAGCUGCUUGUGCACCAAACCUCUUUGCUUUCAGGGCAAUGAAAGGCCUCAUCCUGAUCAAUAAUUAAAGCUGCAAGGUACAUAUUGAGGUUGAUGUUUGAAUUUAGGACACACACAGCCCCUAGUCCUUUAGUUAACCUUAGAGGAGCUUUGCUGCAAUGGAUUCUGCUUUCUGAAGAUGGAUUGAAGUGAAGGAUUCUUUGUUAUUUCUUGUAUCCAAUAUGCUCAUUCUGGUACUUGUAAGGAGAAUUCUCUUUUACUGAUGGAAAUCUAAGGCUACAAAUCGCUGUGUUCUUUACCAAAAGCCAGUAUUAAUACCUCUGUGCAUCUGCACUUUUGUUCAUCUGUUAGCAAACUAACAUUUCACAUGUGGGGUCUGGAAGGGGAGGUCCCUGGUGGAAGGCAAACACUCCUUAUUUCUGUUCCUAACUUCAAAUGUUUAAUUGUUGUUGCAGUCACACUAAGAAAGCAGCACCAGUGGGAUAUGUUUGGACCUGAAGGAUGUUGUGUGGCUGGUAUCCAAGCAGGUAUGAGGUUGGAAUAAAUACCAAACAUCACAGAAUUCAUCUCUGUUCACCUGAAGCUGCGUGAAUAAGUGAUUUGCUACUUGGUUCCUUCAGCUAUUUCCCUUUUGUAAGGGAGAAAUCCCAGAACACCUCAGAUUUGACAUGUCAUUGAUGACUUCAGUUUUGAAGUUGGAAGAAGAGCUGCAGAGAGCUGCUUUUGGCCAUCUCUGGCUCAGAUUUCAGAGCUUUGGGGUUUAUGCAUUAUUCUUACUGCAUGAAGGAUGUGCUUGGAAUUGAAACCCCCCCUUUUCCCUGUGACUGUACUGAAAUUCAGAGGGGUAACUAUGAACUACAGUAGUUACCAUGUGGAGUUAAGAUCCAGGUGAUGCUCAAGCAGCAUGGAAGCAAUGCAGCAUAGAAAAAAUACCGAUUGGGUUCUCCUUUCCUACAGUUUGAGUUUGGAAAUUGUAAUUGUAACGAUGCCCUCAAAUCCUUUUAAUUUUGGGAUUGUUUUCCUGUAUCACAUUUGAUAACAGGGGGUCUGCUUUUAGCGUAGAAAAAAAGCAUGUGGGAUGAUCAGUGGAGAAUUAGAAUAGAGGAUUUGUUGACUUCUGGUCCAGGUGUGGCUGAUGAGUGAAGAUGCUGUUCAUUGCUCUUGAUAGAAGAUACUGCAGUGGUUUUCCUGGGCCUCUCCUGCUUUCCUUGCUCUUGGAGAACUUGGUGCUUCAGUUACUCUGGACAACUUGAUUUAUUGGUGCUGGGAAGAAGCUUUAGAGUGGUGAGAAUUAACCCUGCAAACACUGAUCUGCCCUUUGCACAGGCUUGGAACAGGCUCUGCCUGGGGGUGAACUGAACUGGCACAGUUGGGUAUCAACGACAUUAAAACCUGUUGCUUCCAGGGUGCUGCUGAUGUUACGAGGUGUUUUCCAGCCUGCAGUGCUCUUCCUGAGCCAUACCUGCUUGGGGCAGCUUUCCCCCCUCCAGCCUCAUGUUUGAAGUAGCCAGGGUGAGGUGAGCAAACACUGACACUAAGUUCAUCACCGUAACCGUCGCCUAAGCCGGGUUGUCACCGUUGUCCCUCUCACCUUGUUACAGUGCUCAUCCGGGAUGUGCUUGGAGUGAGGCAGUGAAAACGCCACUUGUGAACUUUAAAUCAAAACUGUAACGAUCAGAUUUUAUUUUUAUAUCAUUUAGAGAAACCUAAAAGAGCAGUGUCCGCAUUGGCUUUCUACAGAUUUUAAUUGAUUUGUGUCGACUUCGUUGGGGUUUUUUAUCUAAAGUUCUAUUUCUGUACAUAAUAAAACUAUUGAGAACUAAUCCGCGACUUGGAAUAAAGAUAUUUGCAAGAUAA